GUCGGUUGGUAGGAGCGAGCGAGCGAGCUAGCUCUGCGCCGGCGCUGGAACUUUGGGCCUGGGUCGAGCCCGAGGGGACGGGGCUUGCUUUCUGUCUUCGUGGUUUUUGAACGCUCGUCCUGGGAGGAAGUGGCCCUCCGGGGAGCGGAGCGGCGGGUGCCAGGGCCGCCUGCGGCUGGGGCCCGAUGGCAUCGGGACGUGCAGGCCUCGGAGCGGCACGCUGGAGGGACCGCUCCUUUGAUGAAAACGAGCGUGGUCCCUUCUGUUAGAGUCAGAUUUGACACUUGUAUUUGUAUUGUCACUGGGGGAAAAACAACUAUUUCUCUUGCAAAGGCAGCCUUUUUGGUUAUUCUUAUAGUCUGCAACGUCCAUCUCUUUAUUUGCAUCUCCCUGCAGGCAUGUGAGGACUGGUAUGACUGUAGGCAUCGCAGCUGAAGUAAACUUGCCUGUACAUUAAAUAUUAAAACAAAACAGUAUGAAGCCAACUUUUGUGAACUAUGAAAUGUGUCAUUGUUUGAAAGCUCGAAUAUCUGACUUUAAUUUCUUUUUAGUUUUAGAAUGGAGAAUAGUCUGCCUACUUCCAUAGGGUUGUCUAAUGAUGCUGCUGUGAAUCAAAUACAGAAGAUUAUUUCAGACAACUGUGUGGUGAUUUUCUCUAAAACAACAUGCUUCUACUGCAAAAUGGCAAAAAAACUUUUUGAGGAUAUGAAUGUAAAUUAUACAGCUGUAGAACUGGACAUGAAUACAAAUGGAAGUCAGUUCCAGGACAUUCUUGAACAGAUGACUGGUGGCAGAACAGUCCCGAGAGUGUUUGUCAAUGGGACUUUUGUUGGAGGUGCUACAGAUACUCAAAGGCUUCAUGAGGAAGGCAAACUGCUUCCAUUAGUUCAUCAAUGUCAAGUGAAAAGAAAAUCCUCAACAGCCAUCUAGCUUAGCUUAGUCUUUCUUUGUACAAACAGAAUUUCAGACAAGUUAGAAGAUCACAAAGAUACACUAUCAGCUGGACUCAACAACUUCCAAGCCAUGGAUUUCUGAAUCGUAGAUCAUUCUCAAAUGACACAGACUUUAUGGACUUGGCAAAUUACUUGGUGUCCUUGCCUUAGCUUUACCACAACAAAAAUGUGACUGAUCACCUAGCUACCAAAUUGUCUGUCCAGUUGCUACAGAAAAGGGAAUAAAGAGUCUUGCACCUUUAGAGAGGUAGGUAAUUGCUUUCAUCUUCACCCUGCACUAUGAAGUAUCAGUCUAUACAGUGUCAUUCAGAAAUAGCCUAGGGGAACCAGACAGCUUGCUGUCACUAAACUGUGCAGUUACAAACUACAUUAUGAUCAAUCCAACACUGUUAUGAAAUUUCAGACCACGUAAAAUAGGUCUAAUAUGCAUAGAGUUUAUUUAGUACUUAAAUUCUACAGUCAGAAUGCAGUUUACUAGCAAUUUUAACUUGCAGUUAGAUGUUUAAAAGAACUGUCUAAAUUCAAUAGUUUCAGUAAAAUGUACAUCCAAAGCCAGACCAGGCAGUGUCAAGACUCUUAGUUAUUUGAAGAAAGUUUAGGUGCAAGUAGAAAAUUAUAUCCCAUUCUUCAGUAAGAGGGACCAUUACAUUACUAAAGGUGCACAGUUCAGAAUAAAACCAUUAGUCAAUGAAUUUUUAUUCACUUCUUGUGAAUAACACUCCUGUUAUUUCCACUGUUUUCAGCGCUGCAUGCACCUAAACUACUUUUUUCCCCUCAAGGGAAAAAAGUGUCACACUUAUCUUCAACUACAGAUAACUAGGACCAUAAGAGCAUCACUUAAAUUUGACAGCUUCGUUUUUGUGAUGCAGGUUUGAAUAAGUUUGAACUGCACCAUUUGUAGAAAGUCUUUAGUAUAUAGUUGUCUGAACUGUGCAUCUUCAACAUGUAAUGAGCUAAUUAAACACACUGACCUUAUUAUAUUUUUAUUAUUGAGGUUUACUGUAUUUUGCUACUUUCAUUGCUGCCUUAUUAAAAUUUUGUUUACAGGGACAUGCUUAUCAAGGUAAAGACACACAAAUGUGCAUCUCUAAAUUUAUACUUAAUAAAGCAAUUUAUUUUGCACAUACAGUGGUAACCAAGUAUUCUUUUUCUCUGUGUAGAAUUCUUAGGCCAGUUAUGUUUCCUCAGAUUAACAAUAAUUUUGCACCUGAAAGCUGGUAAAUCCAUCAUAUAAUAAUAAUAGUAUGCAAAGGAAUUUUUCAAAGAAAGACCUUUUCAUUUUGUUCCCUGUUUUAAAAAAAAAAAGUCCCAAAACAGUAGUCUAAAAUAACCCUUUGAGUUCUAAGUCUCAGAAAUCCCAGGGCAUUGUCACUUAAGGCAAUUAUUCUAUCCCAACUGUUGAGAAAACAUGCCGUAUGCCCGCAGAUCCAAGUGAGUGCCCAUUUAUUAAAGAAGAUAUGUCUUAAGGCACUCAAAGGGUUAAUUACGUUUCUUUUUAACCAUAUUAAAGCUCCCUAUCCAAAUAGUUUCUCAUGAAUUUUUGUAUCAUUUCAUAGAAAGUAGCAGCAAGACAGUGCCUUCAUUAUUGGAUGGCACAAAGCCAUGUUAUGGUUAACUUACUUAAACAUGAUAUGGCUGUUAAAAGUGUGGUUCUACUCUGG